CCUGUGCGCGCUCCCUCCGGACACAGCGGAACACCGAUCGCUGAAUAGGACCUCUGUUUGAGGUCCUGAUCAUUGAUUGGCCAAUCAGUGAUCACAUGAAUAGUAGUAAGCAAGAUGUCACUUCUGACAUCAUUGCUUACUACUAGUGAAAUCUGUGAAUGAUCACAGAGGUCACAUGGUACAAGGCUAUUUACAACAGCCUUGCACCAUGUGACAAGCUGCGACCAAUCACAGCUCACAUAGUAUUUCUCAAUGGCUGCAAGAAUGCAGCCAGAAAGAAGGAGAAAUGUUUGCUUUUACAGCCUUUAUGGGUGUAAAAGCAAUCAGUGUAAAAAAA